UUCUUCCUUCUGGUAGCCACGGUUAUUCAUACCAAUAAUAUCAUGGCUCUAUCUCUGAGUCAAUGUCUGUCUCAUACUACUUAUUUAUCUAAGCCCCCUCCCGCCUCAAAACUAACAAAACAAACCAUAAUCAUCGACAACCCGUUACUUGGUUUCAGACCAGGUAGCUUGAGCAACAACCAGAUAAGAUGCCAUGCAGUGACUGAUGUGAAGAGUGCAUCAUCUCUGGACCAGAGCAAAGCAGAAGGCGAUGAUCAUAACGUUGUUAUAGGUUCAUCAAGUGAGGAGGAUAGGGUCGUGGCGGAUUAUAAUUGGACAGAGGAGUGGUACCCUCUUUACCUCACCAAGGAUGUACCUGACGAUGCUCCUCUCGGUCUCACCGUGUUCGAUCAGCAGCUCGUCUUGUAUAAAGAUGGCAACGGCACGCUUCACUGUUAUCGAGAUCGAUGUCCCCACAGGUUAGCCAAGUUAUCUGAAGGUCAAUUGGUCGAAGGUAGACUUGAAUGCCUGUACCAUGGCUGGCAAUUUGAAGGCAAAGGAAAAUGUGUUAAGAUACCUCAGCUUCCAGCUGAUGCCAAGAUUCCUCGCUCAGCUUGCCUUAAAACAUAUGAGGUGAAAGAGUCCCAAGGAGUUGUAUGGGUAUGGAUGUCACACACCACUCCACCAAACCCCGAAAAGCUACCAUGGUUCGAGAAUUUCGCCAGACCGGGGUUUCGAGAUAUGUCAGCUAUCCAUGAGCUUCCAUAUGAUCACUCCAUUCUCCUUGAGAACCUCAUGGAUCCUGCACAUGUCCCUAUCUCUCAUGAUAGAACCGAUUGGAGUGCGAAAAGGGAAGAUGCUCAGCCGCUGCUUUUUGAGGUUACAGACCGUUCUGAUAGGGGAUUUGCUGGUUGGUGGGGUAGAGAAAAAGAUGGAUCCAUGUCCAACUUCUCACGGUUCGACGCACCGUGCGUUCUUCAGAAUAACAGAGAAAUUGUUGAUAAAGAUGGAGAAAAACACUACUUCACGGGUCUCUUCCUUUGUAGGCCAACCGGACAAGGAAAGUCUAUGCUUAUUGUUAGGUUUGGAGGAACAAAAAGGUCUCCAUUGGCAAAGCUUUUCCCGGAAUGGUAUUUCCAUCAAACUGGAAACAAGGUCUUUGAGCAAGAUAUGGGAUUUUUGUCAUCCCAGAAUGAGGUACUCGUGAAAGAAAAGGUUCCAACGAAAGAGUUGUACCUUAAUUUAAAGUCUUCUGAUACUUGGGUUGCUGAAUACAGGAAAUGGAUGGAUAAAGUUGGGCAUGGAAUGCCUUACCAUUUCGGUCACAGCACCGUAUCUCCACCUAAACUAUCUGCAGUCAUAGAACAUGCACCUGCCGGACUCGUUGCAGGAGUUUCAGCAUCUUCGCCGGCUAAAGGUGGGAUCGGAACAAUGCAUGCUCCGAAUUUGUCUAACCGAUAUUUCCGCCAUAUAAUCCAUUGCAAGGGUUGCAGUAGAGUUGUGAAAGAUUUUACGAUUUGGAAAAAUAGGCUUAGUGCAGCGGCUCUGGUGCUUACCGCUUUGGCAAUUCUUGCAUCCAGCAAACAGUGGAAGGCAUUUCUGCUUGCGUUUGCAACCUUGUGCUUGGGCGGAGUCUAUGCAUGCUCCACUGUCGUUGCAAUGAACACGACAAACUUCAUAAGAGUACAUAGGAGAUUGUGAUUUCGAAACCAGCAGUACUUUCUUGUUACUCAU